AUGGCAGCGACCCUCAUGAGUGAGCUACAUGUUAUGAUUCUUGGUAUUGCGUUUUGCUUGGAGAAUGAUAUUGGGCCUAUUGUGAUGUUGACUGACUCGCUUCUGGUUAUUCAUGUGCUCCACGGCACGUUCAAGGGCACAAACUCCCUUAGCGACGAGCUUUGGGAAACUUUUGAGCACGUUAGGCAGUAUUUGCGGGAAUUUGGUAAUGUGAGGCGACAGUGUGUCAAGCUUUGUGAAGAACUGGAGGAACUCCAAAAGAUGAACCAUGAGCCUCAUACAAAAACUGAGCAAAGAAAUAUUCAGGAGGCUCUCGAUGAUCUCCUAACUAAAGAGGAGAUUUUGUGGAAGCAGCGAUCUAGAGCUGAUUGGCUUGAAUCGGGGAACCGAAAUACUGGCUUUUUCCAUAAGUUGGCCGAGGGGAGAAAGAGGCAUAAUCAUAUACGUGAGAUUGUUAAGGCUGAUAGAACAAAAACUCGAAAAAAUGAGGAGAUGGAUGAGGUUUUCAGGACCCAUUUCAAUGCUCUCUUCUCGGCUAGUUCUACCCAAAACCCCGUGGAUGUUCUCUGCUCCAUCGACCCGAUUGUUACAGAGAAGAUGAACAGAUCUUUGACCAUGCGCUACACCCCGGAGGAGGUUACCCAAGCGCUAAGCCAAAUGCACCCCCUCAAGGCCCCGGGGCCGGAUGAAGCUUUAUCAGGCUUACUUCGCAAAGCUAAGACCAAUUCGAUGAUGCAUGGGGCUUGCUUGUGUAAGACGGCUCUGAGGGUGAGCCACCUUCUCUUUGCCGAUGACUGCAUCAUCUUUGGUAGGGCCCAAUCGUCGAAAAUUAAGGUUGUUAAGAACAUUUUGAGGCAGUAUGAAGGUGCAUCGGGGCAGCAAGUUAAUUUGGAGAAAUCCAAAAUUUCCUUUAGUAGUGGCGUACCUGAAGAUAUUCGUUGUGCUUUUGCUGGUCAACUUGGGGUUGUUCGAGCUUCUCAUCGCGGAAAAUAUCUGGGAAUCCCAAGCACUGUUGGCCGCUCGAAGACCGAAAUUUUCCAAAUGCUUGUGGACAGGACGCGGAAAAAGCAAAGGACUGGAAGAGGAGAUUUUUGUCUAGGGCGGGAAAGAUGGUUCUCAUAAAGUCGGUGCUCCAAUCAAUCCCGACUUAUCUUAUAAGUUGCUUCUCUUUACCUGACCAAAUUUGUCAGAGGCUGAAUAGUUUUGCUGCUAGCUUCUUUUGGGGUCAGAAACAGGAGGAGAGACGCAUACAUUGGAUUUCUUAGAAGAAACUUUGCAUUCCAAAAUGUGAGGGCUGUUUGGGGUUCAGAGACCUUAGCCUUUUUAAUCAAGCUAUGUUGGCUAAACAAUCGCGGCGCCUGCUUCUCUUUCCCGACUCCCUUUUGGCUCGGUAUCUUAAGGCUCGCUAUUAUCCUAGAUCGAAUAUUCUCCUAGCCGGUAAAGCUCAUAACCCAUCCUUUACAUGGCAAAGCUUAUUGGUAGGAAGAAAUCUUCUCUUGGAAGAAAUAGCAUGGAAAGUUGGUCAAGGUGACAGAAUUCGGUUGGGUUGUGAUGCUUGGAUUCCGGCUGGCUCGGGGAAUUUUUCAGUGGCUAAUGUGGCAGACGAAUGGAAGAAUGUAAAGCUUCGGGAGUGUUUUAACGAUGAAGUUGCUUCAUGGGAUUUUAAUAUGUUAUCUGCGAUCUUUAACUCUUGUGAUUUGUCGAAGAUUGUAAUGCAUAUCAGGCCCUCUUUUGAUUUCCCCGAUCAGCCUUUUUGGCCGUUGGGGAAGCUUAGCUCGUACACGGUAAAAUCUGGAUAUAUGCUUGCAUGCUCUAUUCGGCAAAGGAACGAGGCCUCUUUUUCUUCUCGUAGGGACGAUCUGUGGAAAUGGGUUUAGGGGUUGGAGGUGAUUCCUAAAGUUAAACUCUUUUGUGGAAAUGUCUUGCUGGGGCAAUUCUUACGGCAAAGGCUCUCUCUCGCCGAGGGAUUGAUGUGGAUGUUCUUUGCCAUCGGUGUGGGAAACAUGAGGAAACUGUGGAACAUGUGUUAAGGGGUUGCAAGUGGGCUUCUUUUCUUUGGGAGUGUUCUCCUCUUCGUCUUCCCCCGCUAGCUGCUACGAAUCAAUGUUCUAUUAUCUGUUGGUUCGAUCGAAUCAGGCUUUCUCAUCACUCUGAGGUUCAUAAAACUUUUGCGAACCUGGCUUGGUCGGUUUGGUAUGCUCGAAAUAUGUUUAUCUUUUAGGGGAAGGAGUUUUCUCAUGAGGAAUGCCUUUCGAUUGCUCAACGGGCAAUGUGGUAUAAAAUGCUGAAGGUUCAAACGAAGAAGGGUGCUUUUAAACAGGUGGUGUGUUCCCAUGAUUCCCAGACGUUGGUCUCUUGUGAUGCAGCUUUUGAUAGUAAAGAUGGGUUGGGUUUUGGUGUGGUUAUUUCGAACAAAGCUGGGGACAUUCUUGCCUGUCGUUUUGGCUUUCUUCCAGGCAGGUUUUCGGCGGAAGAAGGUGAAGCUUUUGCUGCUUUGGAAGGCAUCGCUUACUGUCAACGCCAUGGAGAUAGGGAUAUUAUUUUGGAAACCGGCUGUCAGCCUCUCUAUUGGAGACUUCUUCAAUGCAGUAAGGAUCUGUCGUACAUUGGGAUAUGAUUAUGAACAUUCUUGAGAUUUCUUCAAGCUUUCUCCAUUGCUCGUUUAGCUAGACUCCUCGUGAAGGCAAUGCUAAUGCGGCUAGAUUAGCUAAAUUUGCUUUAUCUAACCGUGCUAUCCCCUCCGAUGCUGAGGUGCUUCCUUUGUAUUAAACUCUCCAGUUGUU